AUGGAGCUGCCCACGAUUCUCCUCACCCUCUUCUGCCUGUGUCUUGGCCUGGGUUCUGGCCAGUAUGCUCCGGACCUCAUCACAUCCUUGCCUGGACUCUCUACUCAGCCCAACUUUCGACAAUGGUCCGGCUACCUCCAGGCUGGCCAGGGCAAAUACUUCCAUUACUGGUUUGUGGAAUCCCAGGGGAACCCUGCCUCAGACCCCUUGGUGCUCUGGCUGAAUGGCGGCCCUGGCUGUAGCUCCUUGGAGGGACUUCUGGCAGAGAAUGGACCCUACCGGAUCAACGCUGAUGGAUCUCUCUACAGAAACCCACACAGUUGGAACCUGGUGGCCAAUGUCUUGUACCUGGAGUCCCCCGCUGGUGUGGGUUACUCCUACUCCCUCAGUCAAAACUACCAGAUCAAUGACCAGCAGGUGGCUGCUGACAACUACCAGGCACUGCUGAGCUUCAUUGAAAAGUUUCCAACUUUUGCCAACCAUGACUUCUAUGUUUUUGGAGAAAGCUACGGGGGUGUGUACGUCCCCUCCCUGAGUGCACAAAUUGUCAAGGGUUCAUUGUCCUUCAACUUCAAGGGCUUUGGAGUGGGAAAUGGAAUGAGUAACUACCAGCUGAACGACGAUACCCUGCUGGAAUUCGGAUACUACCACGGCCUCUUUGGAGAUGACCUCUGGGAAUCCCUCAAAACGUACUGUUGCUCUGAAGGCACAUGCAACUUCUUCAGUAACACGGAGAACAACUGCUUCAAUGCGGUCUUGAAAGCUUAUAAUAUGAUUCAGGAUAUUGGCCUCAACAUCUACAACCUGUAUUCACCCUGUUGGGGGUCACAUGGCUACCAGGGGCGUUAUACUUCUGACAUGAGCAACCUCUUCCGAAGAUACCAGUUUAAUGUGGCCACCCCACCUCCUGAUGGUCCUGUCCCUGGGGUCCCUGAAUGCAUCAACGCCACAGCCAUGUACAUGUGGCUGAACCGCAACGACGUGAGGCAGGCCCUCCACAUCCCGGAUACCCUCCCUGUCUGGGAACUGUGCAGCUCCCAGGUUACCUCUCAGUACCAGAGGCAGUACAUGGACAUGACCCCUUUCUACCAGGAGCUGCUGCAGUAUGACCUCCGAGCCCUAGUCUACAAUGGGGACACCGACAUGGCUUGCAACUUCCUGGGUGGAGAGAGGUUUGUGGAGGCCCUGAAGCAGCCGGUGGUGAGCCCCUACCAACCCUGGUACUGGAAUAACCAGGUGGCUGGCUUCUUUAAAGAGUACAAGAAGAUCUCUUUCCUCACAGUAAAGGGCUCAGGACACAUGGUGCCCCAAUACCGACCUGCUCAGGCUCUGAAGAUGUUUGAGAGCUUCCUGAAGAACACCUCCUUCUUGUGA